AUGUCUCAUCAGGAGUGCCCGUGUGUGCAACAUGUUCAGGAUUCUUCUUUGCUUCCUGUCAAUGUUGAGAGGAAGAUCACUUUGAUUGGCCAACACCUGAACUUGUUUGAGGAUGAGAACUUGGACUAUGAGUGCGUGUUGGACAUUGAGAAUCGGUCAGUGGUGGUGGCAGCGGACGUGGAGCCGGACGCCACUCAGCCGUCUAUCUACAUUAUUACCUGUCUCUCUUACCAGUAUGUGUAUUCCCUGAUGACCGAGGAGUAUCCCGCCACCAUCAACGUGAGGAGAAAAAACAACUUCCUCAUCGACAGCGCCGAGAGUCUGCACGUGACUCUGUUCAACUGCUCUGUGGGCCGCUCGGACUGCAGCCGCUGUCGCACCGCCGACCCAAAGUAUGGCUGCGUGUGGUGUGGCAGCACAGCCGGCUCCCGCUGCGUGUACCAAGACUCCUGUUUGGACGAGGUCAAACAUACCUGCCCCGCUCCGGUCAUCCACUUUUUGGACCCGGUUUCUGGCCCCGUAGAGGGAGGGACAGUGGUGACCAUCUCCGGCUCUAACCUCGGCCAGAGGGUGGAAGACAUCCAGAACUCGGUCACAAUAGCCGGGGUCUCCUGCAGCGUCAUCCAGAGCAGAUACGAGGUGUCCUCCAGGCAAGGCCUUCACACACCUCAGCUUCCACACCUGGUGGGCCUCCCCCUCCCUCCCCACAGUGACGGUUCUGCCAUGCUCUUUUACAGGAUCGUGUGUGAGACGACCAGGAGUGGGGUGGAGAGGAGUGGCCAUGCCUCCGUCCAGGUGAGCGGAGGAGGAUACGGACUGUCCGCUCAGGUCUUCAGCUUCCAG